AGAACUUGAGCCCCAUCUUGGACGAGCGGGGCGCAGACGGAGCCCGCGCUCCCGGUGCUGCUGCGGAGCGACGGGACGGCCCGCCCCGCGUCCGCCCGUCGCGGAGGAGCCGAUCCCACUCGUCCUUCCUCCUUCGCCUCCGCCGAGCCGGCCCUCCGCCCGGGGCUCGCCUGCGGGCCGGUUCCGAGCGAGAUGCGUCUGGCGCUGGUCUCCAGGUAGAGCGCGGAGCAGGGCGGGGGGACGCGGGGCCGCCUGGGCCUCGCCCGGCCGCCGCGGAGCCCCUCGCGUGGGGCGGGUCGCGGGUCCGCGUCUGCGGCCGCCCCCUCCCCCCCCGGCCGGCAGGAAGCCACGCGGCGCGCUCGGAGCGGGGCCGCGACAGGGAGGAGAGCCGCGUCCCGGCGGCGGGAGGAGGGCUGCGGGCCGGGAGGAAGGGGAGGAGCGCCGCGGCCCGCCGCCCGCCGGAGGAAGCCGCCGGAGGAUGUACGGUAGCGGCCGGGAGUCGGCCCGCACGCCCUGACAACCCGCGGUGGGCCGCGCUCCACCGGCCUGGCCGGCCCGGCCCCUCCGAGCGGGGGAAGCAUGUCCAAGAUGCCGGCCAAGAAGAAGAGCUGCUUCCAGAUCACCAGCGUGACCACGGCGCAGGUGGCCAGCAGCAUUACCGAGGACACGGAGAGCCUGGACGACCCGGAUGAGUCUCGCACCGAGGAUGUGUCUUCUGAAAUCUUUGAUGUUUCCCGAGCUACCGACUAUGGCCCUGAGGAUGUCUGUGAGCGGAGCUCCUCUGAAGAAACUCUCAACAACGUGGGUGAGGCUGAAACUCCCAGCAGCGUCUCUCCCAACCUCCUCCUGGAUGGGCAGCUGGCUGCAGCUGCUGGCGGGGGAGCUGCUGUGCCACCAGCAGUGGCCCCCAAUGGGGGGGCUGUGCCCAAGAGCUCUGCCGUACCCCUGCCAGCUGCUGGCACUGGAGGCAGCGGUGCUCAACCUGCCUUGCCCUACUCGGGGCCCUCUGCGCCUGCUGCGCCUGGGACAAUGGCUCAGACAGUGGCUGCUGCAUGCAGCUCACGUUUCAGAGUGAUCAAGCUGGAUCACGGUACUGGGGAACCCUACAGGCGAGGACGAUGGACGUGUAUGGAGUAUUAUGACCGGGACUCUGAUGGCAGUGGUGUCUUGGGCAGGACUGGAGAUUGCAUUAGGCACAGCAGCACCUUUGAGCAGGCUGCUCAAGAGAGGGACAGUGGGCUCGGUGCCACAGGAGGUUCUGUAGUGGUCUCAGCUGUGCCAGCGUCAGCACAUGGCCCUGAUUCCAUAGCUGACAGUUCCCUUACUGCUGUGUCACAGCUGCUUCAGACAGAGAAGAUGAACCAGGCCUCUCUACAGCAACCUAAUUUUGUCAUUGGGCAACAACAGCAGUCGCAACAACCUAUAGGUGGGGCCAUGCCUCAAAGUACUGCUCAGUCUAUGUUUUCUGGGGCUUCGGUAGCAAAUCAGCAGAUAAUGGUGCCACAGCAAUCACAGCCACAGGUAAAUACGCAGAGUGUUGCACAGGCUGGACCCAAUGGAAAAGGCAUAGCACCUCCAAGUGUAACGAUGGGCCAGACAAGCAUUCCUGUGGCACAGCAGCAGGUGCAGCAAGCAAGCGUGCCAGUGACUCAGCCUCAACAAUUUGCUUAUUCUCAGUCCCAGAUUCCACCGGUGCACCUACUGCCAACGCAACCUUCUGGUCAGUCUGAAUACAUGCAACACAUGACAAUUAUGCAGCCUCAAGGAGCUAUUCAGCAGGCUCCUGCAGGCUCUGUUCCAAGUACUGCGGCUUCCAACCUGCCUGUUGGACAGGUGACUGGUCCAAGCCCUUCACCUGGGGGAGCACCAGUGAUGGGGGUGCCAGCGCAGCCAGGUGAAGCAGUUGCACAGGGAUCAGGAAUUAUGCAAAGUGGCCAGACACAAGCUGGUCAGACUGCUGUCCAGCAGCCAGGAGGCAUGGUGCAGCAAGGAAUUGGACAUGCAGGGGUUGUGCAACAGAAAUCUGUGACUCAGCAUCAAAUGAGUGGAAGCAGUCAAGUGUCUGGAAUGCCCGGUGCUCCCCAUGCCGUGGUUUCUGGAGUUCAGAACGUGCCUGCAGUUGUGCCCGGUACAAGUGUGCCUAGUGUGUCUACCACUUCUGUUACUAUGCCAAAUGUCCCUGUUACUCUGGUCCAGUCACAACUGCCUAGCCACACUUCUGUCAGCAGAAGUACCGGUGUUGUCCAGCAGCAGCAGCAGCACGUCGGGCACUCCUUGAUACAAGGUGCACCUAAUGUACCUACAAAUCUGCCACAGUCGAACCUCGGACAGUUUCAGACUCCUGCUCAAUCUGUAGUAGGCCAGAUUGAUGAUACUAGAAGAAAAUCGGAACCCCUACCUCAGCCACCACUUUCUCUUACAGCUGAAAUUAAACCUCUUGUGAAGCCUCCCAUUCCAGACACUCUAGCAAAUCCUCUUCAGUUACCUGCAAGUACUCCUAUGAACAGUCUUGCCAGCUCUGUGUUUGGCAUAUCUAUUCCUGUUGAUGGUGAUGAAGACAGACCAUUGCUCCAAUCGGGCAAGACCUUCCUGAAUUCUAUUCCUGCUGUCCUGAGUGCUUGCAGAUCAUCUGCAGUUGUAAAGAUAGUCUGUACUCCACUGUCCAAGUCGUGGAUUAAAGUAUCCCAUAACAGACUCAGAGGAGACCCUGGAGAGCUGUUUGAUGCAUCCUUCCCUCCCGCUGAUCCACUGGAGAGCCACAUGUACAGAGUAGUUGAUCAGUUGGACCUUCUUUAUGUAAACCACCAUCUUAAUUACAGAAAUGUCAUGCAAGGUGGCAUUAAAAGAUCUGCUAAUUUUAUAAUACUAUGCUUAUAUCUUGUAUUCUUUCUAUAUGAGGCUUGUUUUUUUUUUUUCAUACGGAAUUUGUUUGAUGUAAAUUUCUGAAAAGGUGCCCCAGUGCUGCUUUGCUCAAUAUUGGAUGGCUCCACUUUGCUUUAUUUUUUGUCGGAGGUAUUGAACAUGGUUAUCUGACCUGUUAGCUUCAUGUUCUUCGUGCUCAAAGGUAGAAGUUUGGCCUUUUUUGUCUUCUGUCAUCCCUGUUCGCAUUACAGUCUUUGAUAUUGAGACAAAACUGUCUGAAGUGGCGUAGUGAGAACUCUUUGCCCCCUCGAAGGAGGCGUGGUAUUGCUCAGGAGUUCCUGUGGUUGUGGCCCUCGGCUGCUGCUCUCAGCUGGUCACCAAAAUGUCCCUUUGGUUGUAUGGGACCACCAGUGCUCCCAGCCCUCCUCCAAAGGUGCAGCAGCAGAAAGGCCUGGUGUCAGUGGGGGCUGUGCCUCAGUGCCCUUACUUCAGUGGAAGGCAUCUGUCUGGGUGCUUGAAGUUCUGCCGUGGUUUCCAGCAAAGCAGAGCUCUGUGGAGCGGAGUCUGAGCAUGGUGUGUGCUUGUCCUGAUUAGCAGCAGUAGGAGGAUGUGCUUCCAAACGUGAAGGGAGAGUUUGGUAUGAUUUAGACUUCCCUUUAAGGGGAAGCUUGCUGCUAUGAGUAGUCUGAGAGAACUGAUAAAAUUGUUAUCCUUUAAUUUUAGGUCACGUUUGUCACCUUAGAACUGGUUAGAAACAGUAACAGUGGAGUGUGUAAAGGAAACCAAUGUGGUAUCUCCUAUAGGACUUCAUGGAGAAGCUGGAAGCUGAGGCUUUUUUUUUUUCUUUUCUUUUACAAAGUAGGAUACAGUCUGAAUGUUUAAUCUUCCUAUGCUGGUUGCCUGUGGCAGUCUCUGGGACUGAGGCCACAUGCCCUUGGCAGCCUGCUGUCCUGUGCAGGGCUGGAGGAAGAGCUAGAGGUGCGCUGCUUUGGCUGAGGUGUGCUCCCUCUGUGUGGUGGUGGUGGGGCCCUCAGGCUGCAGAGCUCUGCUGGGAAUUGCCCACAGCUGUGGUGUGUUUUGGGACCGAGGCUCUGCCUUUGUUUCCUAGGCCAGAUACAGUGGUGUCAGAAUGGCUUCUGACAUUCUGGCUGUUACAUGGCUGUAGGUUACACUACUUCUCUAUGCAGUUUGCUCAAUUAAUUCAUCAAACUGAAGAGCUUUUAGUAAUUCUCUAACCCUUUACUUUUUAAUACGAUUAAAAAUAGGUGAAACUCAGCCGUGUCAGCUCAGGCCUGCACGUCAGGCAUCACUUGUGUUACUGCUAAGGUUACUUAUUAUUAGAUAGUGCAUCUUCCUCUAUUAAUCCCUUGCUAAGAUCUGGCUAUAGAGUAGAAGCAGUUAUCUUAUCUGGGCAAUACAAAAAAAUCUCAACAGCAAGAUGUACAAGUGAGAGCUUAACAAGAAACCUUCAUACCUUUCUGGAUGCUUUCUUAAGUAUAGUAGAAGUACACUGCGCAUUGGGUAUUGGGGUAAAAAUAGCUCGGAUGAAAGACAGGCCCUGUGGUUGGAAGCCACAACUUUUCAUACCUAGCAAUAGCAACGGGGUUUUGUAUACUGCAAGUAAAUGUAUUUUGGAAGAUAAAUGACUUUCUGCUUACAGCUGCUCUCUGAGGAAGAGGAUUUUCAUGUCUCAGACGAAUGAAUUAGGAGAGCUUGGGCCCAAUCUUUCCUGUUAGCAAAGGAAGACUGUUUUAUUUGCAGAAGCCAGUUGCUUUCUCAUGCUGUCCCUGCAUCACUCAGAUGCCCUUUAUCUUUUGUGUUACUUCAUACUGCUCUCCUGUUAUUAGUCAACUGUCACGUGUAAUGUGCCUUCUGAAAACCUAAGGAUCUCUGUAACUGGAGAGCAUGGUAUUUGUCAGCUUGACCAGGCCACUUCUGUAGUGGGCUGCUGCAGGCUGAAUUUGGGGUGUGUGGAGGGGUGAAGGAAGGAGAUGGAGCGACAAACUCUGCAAGCAAAUGAUUCCUGAUCAUCACUGAUACAUGGUGUUAUUGACCUGGGAAGGUUGUUGGGAAGCAAAUAGCUUCAGACGGAGUUCUGUUAUGGUGCUGCUGCUUUGGUGUUCUUAAUUGGAAAGACUUAAAACAGCCCUUUUCAAGCUAUUUAAGAAUUGCUCUUGUUACGUACCUGUGCUUCUAAUGUUGGUGUAAUCUUCUGUUUUAAAACCCCUGAUAACAAAGCGUGAGUGGCAUUUCUGCAGACUGCUGAGUUGUGUUCUGCAGUUGUGCUGUGGCUACGCCGGUGUGAGGAUAAACUGCAGUGCUGGAAGAGGAGUUUUUAGGCCGAAGUGUAGUGCUCUGACACAGCUGCUAGCAGUGAAGGAUUCUGACUUUGUGCUUCACUUCAUAUUCUGUAAGCAACAAGCCUGCAGAUGAGUCCUUGGAUAACUGUAGUCUUCAGACUGCACUGUUGGUACUGUUGCUAUCUGUGAGGUGGUUAUCUCUGAGCACGGAGGGUUGGGCUGUCACAAGAGUUGAGUGGCAGAGUCUGUGCCGCAGUGUUUGGUUCUCAGAGCAGUUACAGACCAUGCUGUGAGGGCUGGCAGUGCCCCAGCUGUGCUGAUGAGCAGAGUGGGCCGGCUGCGAGGCGUGGGGAAGUGCUUACAGACACAGUACUGCUUUAGGUUCUGUUCCACUUCGAACUUAAUCUGUUUUGCAAUUGUAACUUAAUCUUCCAUACUUUGAAUGUGACAUAUGCAGCUCUGAUUUAGAGGCUCAGUUAGAGAACUCUUGUGUUUCUACUAUAAAGUGGAGUGUGAAGUGGAACAGAAAUACUGGGUACUGUUUGCAGAGACAUCCUGUGAAAUACUGCGGAAAACAUGAAAGGUAUCCUUGAAUUGAGGAAUCUGUGGCACUAGUUAUACAGAUUACCUGCAGGAGGCGGUCAGCGUGCUAGGAGAUGUUUCAGUAAGAGCUUUUACAGUACAGACCUUGCUUUACAGAAGCAACUUGAAACAGUGAGAAUACCCAUAGGGCUUGGGGGUGAUUUUCUUUAAAUUGGUGUGUCUUCAGUGAAAACCCAUAGAAACAGCAAGGAUUUCAGUCACUGAGCUCUUCUGACUUUCAGACAUCAGUGUAAUCUGUCUGGAUAGCUAACUUCCUUUAAUGCAGCUAGAGUAAGAGUUGGCAUUUUUAUUACGUAUCCAUUGUCAAUAUCUCUGUUUGAUUCUUGGAUC